CAAAAGUGACACUAAAACAAUCAAAAAUGGAUCUAAUUUUGUCGUUGUAAUAAAAUAAAUUUUAAUAAAAAUCAGGAAAUAUUGCUUGACAUCAUUCAAAUAAAAUUGUAACAGAAAAAUUUUUUAAUCACAACUUCAGGAUUUAAUUACUGCAAAAAAAAACACUUGAGACAAGAUAUUUUUAUUGAAUCGUGAUGGAUUUCGACUCCAUCUUAGACGAAAUUGGCGAAUUUGGAAAAUUUCAAUUCACAAACUACUUACUUGUUUGUUUGCCCGUAUUUUUCGCAGCAGCCAAUUCAUUAUCUUACGUUUUUACUGCCGCAGUUCCGAAUUACAGAUGCCUUGUACCUGAUUGUGAUAUCGACACAUCUUACAAUGAACCAUGGGUGUCCCUUGCUGUUCCCGGCAAGAUUGUCAAAGACCAAUUUGUGCCGCUGCAGUGUCAGCGCUUUGUUCGCAAUGAAAAUAUCUCUGUGCCUGAAUGGCCCGAAACUUGUCACAGAGAAAUGUUCACGGGCGAAACUGAAAAAUGCUCCGAAUGGAUUUUCGAGGAAGGUGAACGAACGAUCGUGAAUGAUUGGUUAAUUACGUGUCCUGACAACCAAUGGAAAUUAGCUUUGGUUGGAACUGCACAUUUUGCCGGAAUUGUCGUUGGCAGCGGAGCAUUUGGAGUGUUAGCGGACAAAUACGGCAGGAAAUUAAUAUUCGUUGUUUGUAUCAUAAUAAUGGCGAUUACCGGAGUUAUUCAAGCUUUUGCCCCAAAUUAUGAACUUUUCACCCUUUUUGGGUUCCUGAACGCUGUUGGAACAUCCGGCGUCUUUCCCUUGGCUUUCAUCAUCGGAGUUGAAAUGGUUGGAAAGACAAAACGUGAAGUCACUGGAAUAGUUUUGAAUUAUUUUUAUGCCCUCGGAGAAGCAGCUGUUGGAUUAAUUGCGUGGCUUUGUCAGGAUUGGGUCAAUAUUCAGUUGAUCGUCUCUGCACCGCCAUUCGCCUUUAUAAUUUACUAUUGGAUGAUUCCAGAGUCAGUUAGAUGGCUCUUAGCGAAAAAACGAAAUCGAAAAGCUGAGAAAAUUGUGAAAAAAGCUGCUCGUGUGAAUGGGGUUGAGCUCUCAAAUGACGUUUUGUCAACGUUUGAGGAUAGCGCCGCCGACAAUAGUGACAAUAAUUUGUUAGAAACUCCAAUUAAAAAGGCGAAAGUUAAGCCUGAAAUGUGGGAAACGAUCAAGGGAGUUUUUAAAUCGAAAGUUUUAAUCUUUAGAGGAUUGAUUUUAUUUUAUAAUUGGGCAUGCUGUGCAUUUGUCUUUUAUGGUCUCUCGUUAAAUUCUGUGAAUUUAAUUGGAAAUAAAUAUCUUAAUUUUACACUUGUGUCAUUAAUUGAGAUCCCGGGAUACUCGAUGGCAUGGUAUUUUAUGAAUAAAAUAGGCAGAAGAUGGUCUCUGGCAGGCUCUCUGUUCUUAUGUGGCGUUACUUGUAUGGGAGGAGCAUUUAUUUCUGAAGAUCAAGCAUGGCUCACAAUCUCCAUGUUCCUCAUCGGUAAAAUGGGAAUUACAAGUUCUUUUGGUGUUAUUUAUGUUUAUUCAGCGGAAAUGCUGCCAACGAUUAUCCGCAGCGGUGGCGUCGGAUCCAUGUCAACGUUCGCUCGUUUAGGUGCCUUGAUCGCUCCAUUCGUGCCACUUUUGAAUUAUUACCAUCCUGCCAUUCCAUUGUUACUUUUUGGGCUAGUUUCGAUGCUCGGAGGCACUUUAAUCCUCUUUUUACCUGAAACGAUGGGUCGAAAACUGCCAGAUUCGAUAUCUGAAGCGGAAAAUAUCACAAAAAAUCCAAAACCAAAGCAGAAAGAUGUUGAAAUGAGUGAAUCUGCGUCAGAUUCUUCGCCUAAAAAGUGAAAAAAAAAGUAUUUUAAGUCACCUACCAAAUUGUACAAUCAAAAAUUUUGUAAUGAAUUACAAAAAAGUGCAUUAUUUUUACUGAU